AUGCCCAACGUUUUGCUGGAAGAUGAUUCAACAACAACAAGUAAAACAACCACAGAUGAAGCAGGUCCAGGUGGUCUUAGUAUGCCAGCACUUAUUGGUAUAGUCGUUGGUUCUGUCUUUUUUGGACUGGGCCUUUUGCUUCUUUUUUUCCUUUAUUAUCAACGUUAUAGAAGAAAAAUCAGUGGUAUGGACUUAAAUCCAAUAACCGUUACUGUGACAACUGAAAGUGCACCAGAUCAUACGUCAAACAGUGAUCAGACAAAUCAACUUCCUAUAAGUCCUGGUUGGUCUAUUGAACCUACUAUAAGCUCUCCAAAGCGAGUGUCUACUACAAGUAAUACCACCAUUUCUGCAUCACAAUCACAACCUCGACCCAUAAGUCCUCGACAAGUACGAUUCCAACCACAACAAUUACAAGUAGAUUCUCAACAAUCGCAAACAGAUUCUCAACCAUCACGAACAAAUUCUCGACAAUCACAAGUAGAUUCUCAAUCUCAACAAGAAGACUCACGGCAAUUCCAACAAAUAGAUCCACAGCGAAUCCAGAAAGCAAACCAACAACGAAUCCAGCAAAUAGAUUCACAGCAGUACCAGCAGGUAGAUCCACAGCAAUACCAGCAGGUAGACCCACAGCAAUACCAGCAGGUAGACCCACAGCAAUACCAGCAGGUAGACCCACAGCAAUACCAACAGGUAGACCCACAGCAAUACCGGCAGGUAGAUCCACAGCAAUACCAGCAGUUAGGUCCACCGCAAUACCAACAAAUGAACCCACUACAAUUUCAACCAGUACCACAAUUCCCAAUGCAACCGCCACAAUAUCAACAGCCGGACUCACAGCAAUUCCCCCCUGUGGAUCCAUUACAAUUCCCACAAUUUCAACCAAUAUAUGCGGUACCACUUCAACCACAAAUAUACCCACAACAAUUUCAGCCAGUAUAUCCAAUACCUCAGCAACCGGUCAUAUUUCCCCAAUAUCCAGGAGGUUAUCCUCAAGAGGGUUAUUCUCGAGGAAGCUAUUCUUCAGUGAAUUAUUCUCCAAUUAGACCUAAUUUUGAAGUCAUACCCGAAGGUGUUGAAAAUGAACAACCACAGCAUAUAUAUGUGUCUAAUGAUGGGCAACAGGAAGGUUAUCAGCAACAUACAGCUAGUAAUGAAUCGA